UCAGGCUAGAUACAAUGUCGCUCGAUAGUGCUCAAGGAGGCCGAGACGUACCCUCGCAAGGCGCGAAUGCAGGUGAAGAUGCAGGCAAGAUCGACGGCGAGCCCGUCGUCGGCUUCACGACCUCUGAACCUCAGGGCGAGAUCACAGAUCCGUCGGGAUUGCCCAAGGAUCCCGUCUACUCGACGAGUGACGCAUCGCACGAGCGAACUAAAGCCAGCACGGGUGGAUUCAGCCAUGCAGAUGAUGCCGAUGCUCAUCCGGACACACGCGAGGAUUCAGGUCCUGCAGACCAAGUGGACGUACUGGCUGUGGACAGAACGCAGACGGACCAUCCCAGAAUCAGAGCGCGAGCAAGUUCACUGCCAGCCUGGAAGCUGCAGCCAACGCUGAUUCGACUGCCAUCUGAGCAAUGCAAGGCAAAGUCAAGUCAAGCUGAACACGGUCAAGAAGAGCACAAAAAGGAAGCCGACCAGUAUAGCUUAGAAGCUAGUCACGCACGUUGUUCACUGCAUCAUUGA